AUGUACUUAUACGACUGGUUGCUAUCCCAAUGCUGUGAGAUUUUGGGCUCCGACGAGGACAGCCCGUGUAAGUCAAUUACGCGCAGUCUCCUCUGCCGUGAUAGCGACGCUGGUCACGUUGAUGUGCCUUAUUAUCCAGAGGCCGACCAGCCAGAGGCCAUACCAGUGUCCAGCUCCGCAUCAGGCUGCUCUGUAGACUCUCUCGGGCGCGAAAAGGCAACGACGGCAGACGUCGCCAACGGGACAAGAGACUUGACAGAGCCCAAGACGGGAUUCCGUGCCGCCCUCGGCCGCGUCCCACGCAAACCCUUCCUCAUGAUCUGGUACAUGAUCGCCUUGGAGCUGCGGCACAUUGUAGAGCUGCUAUACUGGUUCGGCAUUGGCAUCUUCUGGCCCGUGCAGGACAAGCACUUCGGGCACGCCGAGAUGGAGCAUCCGCAGGAGAAGGCGCAGGAGGUCGGGUUUGCGCAGUUGAUCCCGUUGAUACUGCUGGUGCUGCCCUUGAUGCAGCUUGUAGAGGCGUACGCGCGCCUGUCUGAUCGCAAAUAUGAUGGGGAGAAGGAGCGGGAUACUGAACAUGUUCCAGGGGGUUAAAGCGGAUGUAGAUAAUGAAAGCG